CCGUAACGGUUUUUGAUCCCCGUUCCGUUCCUCCGGUGAGCAGAGCAGUGCGCACGAGUUCCUCCUGCUGGAGCUGGACGAACGAGGCAUGGCAGCCAUGGAUGGAUUAAUCCCCAACUCCAAACUAACCCCCACCAUGUUUUCCGCCUGAUCAAGAUCAAUCCCCUCCAUGCAACAACCCAUCACCAUUGAUGCUCACUAUUUAGCGAGAGCCGAGAGAGAGAGGAGCAGCAGCAGCAGCCACGCCAAGAUCCGGGUGCGGAGGGAGGGAGAGGAUGGCGGAGAAGGGGAGGACGGAGAUGGAGGUCCGGCCCGGCGGCGUCGCCCUCAUCACCAUCUCCAACCCUCCCGUCAAUGCCCUCUCCAUCCACGUCUUGUAUAGCUUGAAGGACCACUAUGAAGAAGCACUUAGGAGGAAUGAUGUUAAAGCUAUUGUUGUCACAGGAAAAGGAGGAGUAUUUUCCGGGGGACUAGACAUUAAUACAUUUGGUGCUAUUCAGAGAAACAAAGCGGAGCAGCUAAAGGUUGAUUAUGUGUCCAUAGAUGUCAUGACUAAUACUCUUGAAGCUGCUGGAAAGCCAUCAGUAGCUGCUAUCAACGGUCCUGCUCUUGGUGGAGGGUUAGAAAUUUCCAUGGUAUGUCAAGCACGCAUUUCGAUUCCAACGGCUCAAUUAGGUCUUCCAGAGCUUCAACUUGGAGUGAUCCCUGCAUUUGGAGGAACACAACGACUUCCCCGCCUUGUUGGACUAACAAAAGCACUUGAAAUGAUGCUGAUGUCCAAGCCUAUUAAAGCCGAAGAGGCCCAUCAGCUGGCCCUCAUCGAUGCCAUAGUUUCACCUAAUGAUUUGCUGAAUACUGCCUGCCGUUGGGCCUUGGAUAUAUCCGAAUCUAGAAGGCCAUGGGUCCAUACCCUCAGUAGAACUGACAAGCUAGAGUCUCCUGAUGAGGCCAGGGAGAUCCUCAAGUUUGCCAGAGCUCAGGUUCAGAAGCAGGCUGCCAAUCUUCGGCACCCACUUGUCUGUAUUGAUGUUAUCGAGGAAGGUAUAGUUUCAGGACCCCAAGCUGGGCUACGGAAGGAAGCCAUUGCUUUCCAGGACCUUGUUUUCUCAGAUACAUGUAAAAGCUUGGUUCAUGUCUUUUUUUCACAGCGUGCGACAUCAAAGGUUCCUGGGAUCACAGACUUAGGUUUAAUGCCUAGGAAGGUAUCUAAAGUUGCCAUUGUUGGGGGUGGGCUUAUGGGUUCUGGGAUUGCAACUGCACUGAUGCUGAGUAAUUAUCCUGUUGUACUCAAAGAAGUAAACGACAAAUUCUUGGACGCAGGAAUUGACAGGAUCAAAGCAAAUUUGCAGAGUCGUGUGAGGAAUGGGAAAAUGACCAAGGAGAUAUACGAAAAAACGCUCUCACUUCUUACAGGUGUCGUUGAUUACGAGAGAUUCAAGGACGUAGAUUUAGUUAUUGAGGCAGUUGUAGAGAAUGUGAAGGUGAAGCAGCAAGUGUUUGCUGACUUGGAGCGGUACUGUCCUUCCCAUUGUGUACUUGCCACUAACACUUCUACCAUUGAUCUUGACCUGAUUGGAGAGAAGACAAACUCCCAAGAUCGCAUUGCCGGUGCGCACUUUUUUAGUCCAGCUCAUGUGAUGCCACUUCUGGAAAUAGUCCGCUCCAAUCAUACCUCACCACAAGUAGUUGUUGAUUUGCUGGAUGUGGGGAAGAAGAUCAAGAAGACACCAGUAGUGGUUGGGAAUUGUACCGGCUUUGCGGUUAACCGGAUGUUCUCUCCCUAUACUAGUAUAGCGCUCUUGCUUGUUGAUCGUGGAAUGGAUGUUUACAAGAUUGAUCAAGUUUGUACCGAAUUUGGGAUGCCAAUGGGUCCAUUCAGAUUGCUAGACCUGGUUGGGUUUGGAGUAGCUCUUGCCUCUGGCAUGCAGUACCUUGAGAACUCCCCCGGGAGUGUCGACAAGUCAAUGCUAAUUCCUCUCAUGUUUGAAGACAAAAGGACAGGCGAAGCCUCUCAAAAGGGAUUUUACAAGUAUGAGGGUAAUCGGAAGGCCAUCCCUGAUCCUGAUAUCUUCAAGUAUGUUGAGAAGUCAAGGAGAAUGGCUGGAACUGUGCCUGAUCUUGAGCUACUGAAGCUUGACGACAAGGAAAUAGUGGAGAUGGUGUUCUUCCCUGUUAUCAACGAGGCCUGCCAGGUCCUCAGUGAGGGCAUUGCCAACAAAGCCUCGGACCUCGACAUCGCCUCAAUCUUCGGCAUGGGAUUUCCACCAUACAGGGGUGGCAUCGUGUACUGGGCCGAUUCCAUCGGCGCAAAGCGCAUUCACGCAAGGCUAUCAGAGUGGGAGAUGAAGCAUGGCCAGUUGUUCAGGCCUUGCUCAUACCUGUCAGAAAGGGCAGCAGAAGGUGUUCCUCUGAGCUCCACCGCGAAGAACAAUGCCAAGGCCCGGAUGUGAGUCUGAUCUUACUGCCAUCAUGUGUUUUCCAGCCGAGAUUGAUGAAGAACAGUAAUAAUGCAGCCUCAGUCAGAGUUUCAGACUUCACUGGCUGCUGUGAAGUGUGGAGCAAAGAGAGUCAGGAGAUUGAAUAACAGUAUACAGUGUGUAUUAUCUAAAAAAUAACAGUAUAUAGUGUGUAUAGUGAGAAACCGUACGAAAUGUGUAUGAAAAGAGAGACCAAUUUACGCACAGAAUUCAUAUAUGAAUGUUAAAAAAAUUCAGAUCACUGGACGUGAUGACAUACUACAUGCAGCUCGGAUUCUUAUACGGCUGCUUAAAAGGCCUCAUUGAUUGGUGUAUAGAUCGAAAUUUUCUACUUGUUCAAA